GGACCUGGGCGAGCAGUGGCGACGGCGGCGGCCCGAGGGGUCAGUACCAGCGGGGCGGCUCGCACGCUCAGAACGACUGCGCUCUCUCCCUCAGCCCCCGUCUCUCCUCGGAGGAAAUAGAUCCCAAGGAAAGACUUCCAUUAGUAAUUUAAUCAGUGCAAGCGACAUUAAGGAACUAUGGAUGUAGAAAAUGAGCAAAUACUGAAUGUAAACCCUGCAGAUCCUGAUAAUUUAAGCGACUCUCUCUUUUCCGGUGAUGAAGAAAAUGCUGGGACUGAAGAAAUAAAAAAUGAGAUAAAUGGAAAUUGGAUUUCGGCAUCCUCCAUUAAUGAAGCUAGAAUUAAUGCCAAGGCAAAAAGGCGCCUGAGGAAAAACUCAUCCCGGGACUCUGGCAGAGGCGAUUCAGUCAGUGAUAAUGGAAGUGAAGCCCUUCGAAGUGGAGUAACUGUACCAACCAGUCCAAAGGGAAGGUUGCUAGAUAGGCGAUCUAGAUCUGGCAAAGGAAGGGGACUACCAAAGAAAGGUGGUGCAGGAGGCAAAGGUGUCUGGGGUACACCUGGACAGGUAUAUGAUGUGGAGGAGGUAGAUGUGAAAGAUCCUAACUAUGAUGAUGACCAGGAGAACUGUGUUUAUGAAACUGUAGUUUUGCCUUUGGAUGAAACAGCAUUUGAGAAGACUUUAACACCAAUCAUACAAGAAUAUUUUGAGCAUGGAGAUACUAAUGAAGUUGCGGAAAUGCUGAGAGAUUUAAAUCUUGGUGAAAUGAAAAGUGGAGUACCAGUGUUGGCAGUGUCCUUGGCAUUGGAGGGAAAGGCUAGUCAUAGAGAAAUGACAUCUAAGCUUCUUUCUGACCUUUGUGGGACAGUAAUGAGCACAAAUGAUGUAGAAAAAUCAUUUGACAAAUUAUUGAAGGAUCUACCUGAAUUGGCAUUGGAUACUCCUAGAGCACCACAGUUGGUGGGCCAGUUUAUUGCUAGAGCUGUUGGAGAUGGAAUUUUAUGUAAUACCUAUAUUGAUAGUUACAAAGGAACUGUAGAUUGUGUACAGGCUAGAGCUGCUCUGGACAAGGCUACUGUACUCCUGAGUAUGUCUAAAGGUGGAAAGCGCAAAGACAGUGUGUGGGGUUCUGGAGGUGGGCAGCAGUCUGUUAAUCACCUUGUUAAAGAGAUUGAUAUGCUGCUGAAAGAGUAUUUACUCUCUGGAGACAUAUCUGAAGCUGAACAUUGCCUUAAGGAACUGGAAGUACCUCAUUUUCACCAUGAGCUUGUAUAUGAAGCCAUUGUAAUGGUUUUAGAGUCAACUGGAGAAAGUACAUUUAAGAUGAUUUUGGAUUUAUUAAAAUCUCUUUGGAAAUCUUCUACCAUUACUCUGGACCAAAUGAAAAGAGGUUAUGAGAGAAUUUACAAUGAAAUUCCAGACAUUAAUCUGGAUGUUCCACAUUCAUACUCUGUGCUUGAACGAUUUGUAGAAGAAUGUUUUCAGGCUGGAAUAAUUUCCAAACAACUCAGAGAUCUUUGUCCUUCAAGGGGCAGAAAACGUUUUGUAAGUGAAGGAGACGGAGGUCGUCUUAAACCAGAGAGCUACUGAAUAUAAGAACUCUUACAGUCUUAGAUGUUAUUAAAAAAAAUAUAAAUAUAUCUGAAUUGUAAGAGUUGUUAGCACA